AUGACUGGACUAUCAUCAGAUCCAGAUCAAUGGAUAGCCCAUAUUCGACAAUGUAAACACCUUCCUGAACGUCAGAUGAAACUCCUCUGUUCUCGAGUCCGAGAUCUACUACUGGAAGAAAGUAAUGUCCACCUGGUUCAGUCGCCAGUGACGAUAUGCGGUGAUAUACAUGGACAGUUCUGGGAUGUAUUGGAGAUCUUCAGACAGGGUGGUGAAGCGCCGGAGACUAGUUACAUAUUUAUGGGUGAUUUCGUAGAUAGAGGUUAUUAUUCUCUUGAAACAUUGUCAUUAUUAUUAGCAUACAAAGCCAGGUAUCCGGAUAAGAUAACGUUGUUAAGAGGUAAUCAUGAGUCCCGUCAGAUCACACAGGUAUAUGGAUUUUACGAUGAAUGUAUGCAGAAAUAUGGUAAUCCAUCGGUUUGGAAAGCCUGUUGUACGCUUUUCGAUCAUUUGAAUUUAGCAGCUAUUAUCGACUCGUCCAUACUGUGUGUUCACGGUGGAUUAUCACCGGAUAUCAAAACUUUAGAUCAAGUUAGGAUAAUACCGAGAGCUCAGGAAGUACCUCACGAGGGAGCCUUCUGUGAUCUCAUGUGGUCGGAUCCUGAUGAAGUCGAGUCGUGGUCAGUCAGUCCCAGAGGUGCAGGAUGGUUAUUUGGUGGAAAGGUCACUGCGGAGUUCAACCACGUCAACUCGCUCUCCUUGAUAGCCCGAGCCCAUCAAUUAGUUCAAGAAGGCUACAAACACAUGUUUGAUGAUUCCUUAGUUACCGUCUGGUCAGCCCCGAAUUACUGUUAUCGAUGUGGCAAUUCCGCGUCGAUCAUGCAGGUUGAUGAUAACGGUAAGACGGAUUUCAAAGUUUAUGGGGCGGCUAGGGAGAAUGAUACGGAUAUGAAGAACCCUGCAUUGAGGAGAAUGCAAACACCAUCUUAUUUCGUCUAA